AUGCAGCAUUGGCUUCCCGAUAGCCCGCUAACCCGUUCUGCCGUACUCUUCGCCCCUUUUGGGGGUUACCUGACGGCCAGACGGGCAGCUUUAAGGGCACUGCCGGGAACCAGACACCCCUGGACACCCUCCAGAGGCUUUAAAAUUUUCUUUCCCCCUCUGACCAUUUCCACUGCCUUGGCCCUAGUGUCACUGGGAGCUAGAACAACUAUGUUGAGUCAGCUUUUGUCAGGACUUGGCUUUAAUGAUAUUACCAACUGGGAAAAACCUAUCAAUUCUCUGAAUACAAGAAGAGGAGACUUCUAUGUGGAUGAGGAAUCAAAGGUGAAAGUCCCUAUGAUGAACAAAGUCAGCUGGUUUGAGACUUACCAUGAUAAGAUCCUGUCCUGCAAGGUUGUGAAGCUCCCUUACAAGAGCAACGUUUCAGCAUUAUUUAUUCUUCCUGACCAAGGGAAAAUGAAGCAGUUGGAAAAUGCUCUUAGCAAAGACGUUUUGUUAAAAUGGAGGAAUUCUACAAAAUCACAGUAAGUGUACAUGCUAUAGUGGAAAGAGUGUAGUACAUAU